CCUCCCGGCUCAGGGCGCGCGGCGCCUGUCGGAGUCUUUUCUCCUCUCUUUCCGUCCACCCUUCAUGGGUCCCGUCAGGGCCUGGACUGACAGCAAUGACGUUUGCAGAGGAGAAGACUUAUCAGUAUAUCCGCCGCUAUCACAGCAACUUUUGCAGUAUCCAUGUUCUGGAGAUUCUGCCUUACCUGUACUGCCUCACGACAAGUGACCAGGACAGACUGCGGGCCUAUUUCAAUCAGUGGGGCAACCAGAACACCCUCUGGGAACUCUUCCAUAGUCUUCAGCGGCGGCAAGGCUGGGUAGAUGCCUUCAUCCAGGCGCUGAGGAUCUGUGAGAAGACCGAGCUUGCCGACGAAGUGGCCAGCGUCUACCAGAGCUUUCUACUCCCCCCAAGGGAGCCAGCAUCAGUUCCUGCCAAGCUUCCAGGGCCCUCCACAACCUCGGCGACUCCCAGCACUGCCCACAAUGGCUACAGAGAAGAGUUAAGGAGCCUGGUUCCUGUCCAGGACUCCCAGUCACCACAGUUCCUGGGAGAGGAUUCAAAGACAGCCUCACAGACAUCUAGCUCUGGAACUGAUUUUAGGAAGUCAGGCGACCCCCAGGAGCCCACCUCUGACAUGGCGGCCCGCAGACCUCUAAGUUCUGGUGGACACCAGGAGCAGGACACAGAACCAAGCAGUGCCCACACGGCAGGCGUGGCCUCUGGUCUCACAUCACCCCGUGGGCCUGUUUCUCCUACUGUCUCCUUCCAGCCUCUGGCCCGUCCCAACCCCAGGGCAAGCCGCUUGCCUGGACCCCCAGUGUCAGCUCCUUAUUCCGGCAUCUCCCCCCCUUCCACUGGCUUUUCUUCUGUAGGGGGUGCUAGUGACCCAGUUGAGGAUGCCAUCUAUUCCAGUGUCCCAGGGGUCUCUAUCAACUCUAUGACCACCAGCACCGUGCCUUCCAAGUUACCCAUCAACUCUUCAACCACUGGCAUGGUGUCUUCUAAGGGGCCCACCAACCCAGCAUUUGCCAACACAGUGCCUUCCAAGUUGCCCACCAGCUCUUUGACCACCAGUGCUGUGCCUUCCAAGGGGCCCACCAGCUCAAAGCCCCCUGGUACAAUGACCACUAACAUGCCCACCAGUCUACCAGCAUCUAAAUUGCCCAUCAACUCAGCUCGUGCUGGCACAGUGUCACCCAAAGUGCCUACCAGCUUGGUGCCUGACCACAGGAUGCCCAUGAGCUCAGUGCCCAGCAAGGCAUCUGCCGACACAGUGCCCACCAUCAAGAGCAGUAAAAGACCAACAGAGGAGACCCCAGCGUCUCCAGUACCCACAGGUGCUAUGACUGGAGGCAGCUCUCCCCAUCCUGACCGCAGUGCUGGCAGCUGGAGCCCAGAACUGGAGCUGAGCAAGCCUGAUGUGCUGAUGUCCCGGCUGGACAGCUCGUUCUCUGGCUGUUCCGGGGACCUCGCCAUUAGCUACAGCACCCCCUUGAACACAGGACGUGAUAACACCCCAGAGGAGAACGAGUACCAGACACUGGAGAGCAUCAGGAUCCAUGUGGAAGAGGGCGCCAGUGCCGACCUGCUAGCUGGCAACUCCCGGCAGCAAGGUGCCCUGAACCUCCAGAAGGGGCAGCUGCCAGAGGAGGCGAAGGCAAAGGCCUCCUGGGCCUCAUGGCUCAGGGCAGCCACCGUGGGGGCACUGCUGGCUGGGCUGCUGGCCGUGCUGUACCGGCGGCGCCUGCUCCAGAGAAGCCUGUGAGCCCUCCUCGCCACGCAUUGGCUCCCCUCCCUUCCGUGCUUCAGCCAGAGACUUGGAGCCAGGCUGUCCUGCCACUUUGUCCUUUCACUGGGCUGCGUGAGAGCAGGGCUCAGGGCCUGCAGGCCUGGCAGGAGGUGGUACAAAGGCUGGACUGAAUCCUGGGAAGCAGCAUUUCCAGCUGGUGCUCUACUCAGCACCCUCACCACCCUAGGCUUUCUGGACCCUUGGGAAGUGCUCCUGAUCAUGCCCACUGGGCAGUCCAGGUUGUCGCCCUUGUUCUGUGAGGGAGGUGACCCCAGGCAGGCUUUAUCCCUGUUUGCUCAAGCCUGUGCAUCAGGAGGUGCCAUGAGAGAGUCCCACAGUCCUGGGGUUGGCAGUGCCCCUCCCUACUCCCCACACUCCCGCCCGCCCUGGAAGCUGACAGCAGAUCUGCUGGGUGGGAGACCACAGAACCUCCCUCCAGCCUCCAGUGACGGAGCCAGAGGCCCUUUCCCAGGAAUGGCAGGGUGGCCAGUCUCCAGGGACUCUGCUGCUUAGAAACCCUGCCUGUCAGGUCUCCUUCCUCUGCCAGGAGAGAGGGAGAGAGAGAGAAGGUCUGGAGGUCUGGAGUUUCCCUGGAUCCUGGGAAGACCAAGGCAACUGCUAGGUCUGAGGAACACCUUGGGUGCCCCCUCCCUCCUCCUCACCUGCCUCUUUCCCUCCUUCCUGGUUUCCAUUUUCUUUAGCUCCCUAUAAGGUAGAGGCCCCUGUAGGGUUUGGGUUUCAGCUCUUCUCUGCUGUGUGUUCUUGGCAGAGAGUCAGACUUUUCUCAUUUUGCUGCCCAAUAUGGCCAGUGAUUGUCGUGGCUCAUCCUUCACUAGUUUCUUCUGAGACUAGCGCGAACAGCUGCUUGUCAAGGGCCCUGCCCAGAGUGCUUGGCCACUAAAUGCUUCCACCUCUCCCCUGCUCAGCCUGGUUGAAAAGAGGGCACGAGAGGCAAACAAGGACAAAGCCCGGAUGGGGGUAUCUCCUCCAGAGAUGCAGUGUAGUGUGGCCUUGGCCUCAUCCUGCCCUGCUUCCCACUAAUUUUAUGCUCUUGGCCACGGUAUUAGCCUCCUGUGCCUCAGUUUUUUCAUCUGUAAAAUGGGGUUGAGUAGUAAAUUACAUAUUUCUCCUAGUGUUUGAGGAUUAAACGAGUUUAUCUGUAUAAAUUCUAGAAUGUUUUCUGGCAUUUACUAAAGAUUGGAAACGUGGUUAUUAUCAUUGCUCAAAAGUAGAGGGAAGAGAACUCAGGGCUACAACUUUAGAAGCAGACCUGCAUCCUGUUGCCCCUACCUCCUGCCUGGUAUUUUCUCCUUACAUUAUUUUGUGCAUUAGAGAAUUCUGGGGGUGGAGAGAGAAGCAUGUCCACUAGGACAAUCUGCAGAGUAGAAGCUGGGUACCCCCCAGCAGCCAG